AUGGGUCUUCUGACGAAAGGUAGUCCGUUGACAUGGGCAGAAACUAUCCCUCAUAUCGAGUACAUCAAGAAGCACGGAAUCAAACAGUUUAUCAAUCUUUACCAUCGACUGAAAUCCAGACAUGGAGAUCAAUUAAAAUGGGGAGAUGAAAUUGAAUACACGAUUAUCAAAUUCGAUCAUGAGAACAAGAAAGUUCGAGUUUCUUGCAGAGCUGAAGAACUAUUGAAUAGAUUACAAGCAGAAGAACAGGUCAAUGCAAUGCUCGGAACUGCUAAUCGUUUCCUCUGGAGACCUGAAUUCGGAGCUUACAUGAUUGAAGGAACCCCUGGAAUGCCAUAUGGAGGACUAAUCGCUUGCUUUAACAUCGUCGAGGCAAACAUGAAGUUGCGCAGAGAGGUUGUCAAAAAGCUGUUGAAGAAGGAUGAAACUUGCCUCUCGAUAUCUUUCCCAUCUCUCGGAGUUCCUGGCUUCACGUUCCCCGACGUUCCCGCAGAUAAAACAAACGACGAUGCAGCGAACAGCAUCUUCUGGCCAGAACAGGCAGUUUUUCUGGGUCACCCGAGAUUCAAAAAUCUAACCAAAAAUAUCAAAGGACGUCGAGGAAGUAAAGUAGCAAUCAAUGUUCCAAUUUUCAAAGAUACUAAUACACCAAGUCCCUACGUGGAAGAUCUUUCUGCAUUUGGAGGACCUGAUGAUACUCGUGAUGCUAAACCCGAUCACAUUUAUAUGGAUCAUAUGGGUUUUGGAAUGGGUUGUUGUUGUCUUCAAGUCACUUUCCAAGCUGUUAAUGUAGAUGAAGCUAGAUGGUUGUACGAUCAGCUGACACCAAUUACUCCUAUUCUGUUGGCACUCUCUGCAGCUACUCCGAUUUUCCGUGGAAAACUGUCCAAUGUUGAUUCUCGAUGGGAUAUCAUUUCUGCUAGUGUUGAUGACCGAACUCUUGAGGAGAGAGGUCUUGAACCACUGAAAAAUUCGAAAUGGGUCAUCGAUAAAAGUCGCUACGAUUCCACGGAUUGUUACAUCUACCCGUGUUCCGUUGGCUACAAUGAUAUUCCACUUCAGUAUGACGAAACUAUUUAUCAACAGCUAAUUGAUGGAAACAUUGACGAACCAUUGGCAAAACACAUUGCUCACAUGUUCAUUCGCGAUCCACAUCAAGUUUUCCGUGAGAGAAUUGAACAGGAUGAUGAGAAGAGCAGUGAACAUUUUGAAACAAUUCAAUCAUCGAACUGGAUGAACAUGCGCUUCAAACCACCACCACCAGAUGCUCCAGAAAUUGGAUGGAGAGUUGAAUUCCGACCAACUGAAGUCCAACUUACCGAUUUCGAGAAUGCAGCCUAUUGCUGCUUUGUUGUAUUGCUUACCAGAAUGAUCAUAUCCUUCCGAUUGACCUAUUUGAUGCCAAUCUCAAUGGUUACGGAGAAUAUGAAACGUGCUCAACAGAUAGAUGCAGUACUCAGCCAAAAGUUUUUGUUCAGAAAGGGAUUGGCUGAGUGUAAGUCUGCACCAGAGAAUCUCAAAGGAUCAGAGAAAUGUGGACCACCAAGUCAAGAUAUCGAAGAAAUGUCGAUUGAUGAAAUUAUAAAUGGAAAGAAGAACGGAUUCCCUGGACUUAUCUCUCUCAUUCGGCAAUUCCUCGAUUCAGCUGAUGUUGAUGUAGACACCAGGUGUACUAUUUCGCAGUAUCUCAAUUUUAUUUCGAAACGUGCAACUGGAGAAAUCAGCACAUUGGCUCACUGGACUCGAGAAUUUGUUCAGUCUCAUCCAGCAUACAAACAUGACAGUGAUGUUAACGACACUAUUGUUUAUGAUCUUAUGAAGAAGAUGGAUGCCAUCUCCAGUGGUGAAGAUCACUGUGACAAGCUUCUUGGAUGCUACCGUUCGAAAACCGAUCAUGCAAUUUCUGCUGCUGUUCGAAAAGCCGAAGAGCAUAUGAUUGUGUCAAGUCAAAAACGUGCCCAUUAG